AUCGGUUAUUAUCCAGAUCACAUGAUCAACGAUAACGGGCGCUGUAUUAGAUUCUUUAAUAUUUCAUACUUUGACGCUUUGUAUUACUUCAAUCUCGUAAGAGGCAAAAUCACGAAUCAGGAAUAAGAAAUAAUAAGCAUGGCUAGUAAAUAAUAAGUCAAAGUCAAAGUGAGAUUGGUAUGACUUUCCCUCCUAUGAUACAUGAUCGAUCCCUUGAGAGGUUGGGAUAGCUGAUUGAAAGAAAAGUUGCAAUAAGUUUAUUUUUUUUUUUUUCGUUCGUUUAACUCAUAACCGCUUGAAAGCAUGGCUGGAUUUGUUUUAAAGGUCAAAACAAAGUCAGGACAGAAGCUUGUAAAUGGGCUUGUCCCGCAGGAUAAAGUAGCUGUGUUGAAAUCAAAGCUAGCUGAUGUGACGGGUAUAUCCGUUGAGGCUCUUCAUGUCCUUGGUGGUUUUCCGCCGAAGGCGAUCGAUCUUAAUAAUGAAUCAGCUACAAUUGCGGACAGCGGUAUAGUUUCUGGUGACACCCUGAUCGUCGAAGAAAAAGAAGUUAUUAACGGUGCUCAAAUAGCAACGGAAAUUGGUAGAUCUCACAUAGUAAAUGAUGAAACUUUCAUUAAUACUCCAGGUGUACUCAUGAAAAUGGUUGUACCAGCAGAUAAUUCAUGUUUAUUUACUAGCGUUGGCUAUGUUCUGAAUGGAAAAGUUGAUCGCAAUUGCUCAAGUUUUAUGAGAGAGAUAAUAGCAAAUGCUGUAGCUGCAGAUACUGAAGAAUAUUCGGAAGCUUUUCUAGGUAGACCUAAUGCAGAAUAUUGUGAAUGGAUUUUGAAAUCAGAUUCGUGGGGAGGAGCUAUAGAAUUGUCUAUACUGUCAAAGUUUUAUGGAUUAGAGAUAGCUGUAAUCGAUAGUAUCAAUGCUAUAAUAAAUAGGUUUGGAGAAGAUCAACAUUAUGCUCAAAGAGUAUUUCUUAUAUUUGAUGGAAUACAUUAUGACCCACUUUAUUUGGAACCGCUCGAUGGUGGUAGUAUCCAAACGAUCUUUCCGACGGAAGACGAUAGAAUGUUAUUAGAAGCUGCAGAACUUGCAAAAGAAGUGAAGUCUAGUCGUCAAUAUACAGACAUUCAAAAAUUUAAAUUAAUGUGCUACGAUUGCAAUGUAAAAUUAAAUGGACCAGUUGCAGCACGACAACAUGCCAGUGAAACAGGCCACAAGAGCUUUGGAGAAGUGCCUGUAUAAUGUAAUUUCAAUUUGGUCGUGCAAUAUAUGAUAAGUAUUUUUAAUUAGACUGCCAUGUAAGGUGUUCGAUAAAUUAGCCUCAAAAUGAUUUUUCACGUGAUGAAGGCUUGAAAACAUUUAAAAA